AUGGCCGGAAGAAAAGAAAAAGAUAAGCACAAAGAACAAUACAGCCAGACCCCUCAAAUGCCCAGAAUCCUCCCUGCAUCAUUAAGCCAAACAUCCAUAAAAAAUGAGCCUGGUUCCUCUUCCUUUCCUAAGCUUGAGCCUACUUGCAUUACUCCUUUCCCUGGCCUUUCUCCUAUCCCUAUAGAUAAUCGAUUUAGUCCCUUAGGAUCUACAUUGAGCCAAAUGAGACCAAAUUACCAAUCUGCACUUACUUCCAGCUAUGAUCCUUUUGUACUUCCCCCUACUGCAACUCCACUUUCUUCUUCUACAUUUCGUCCUAAGACUUCUCCCUACAUUUCUAAAAGCACUGCUAAUCUUUUUAUUGUUGAGCCACAUGUGUCCGUUUCCAUGAGCCCUGCAAUGAUUGCCCUGAACCAUUUUCCCCCGGGAUUUCAUUAUCUUCCUCACAGCCCAUACAAGUCCCUUAAAUUCUAUAGAGAAAUACUACAUGAGACUAAAUCUGUUGAUAUUAAGCCUAUCCGUGAUAAAAUUGAUCCCCAGAAAAUUAUAUAUCAUUCUCUUUACAUUUACCAAAUCCUGAAUCAAAAGAGUUGGGGUGCACACCCUUAUGAAUUAAGAACCCUUCCAUCUAAAUUACAAUACAAUUAUGCUGAUUAUGUUGAGUCUUGGUACUACAUAUUCCUACAUCAAACUCCUGAUUUUACACAUUCUUGGUUUAUUAAUUUUGAUAAUAAAUUCCGUUGUGAGCUUCCCUACUGGUUCCUUCAUUGGUGGGAUACCCAUGGUCCUAAAUCUGAAAUUAUUCCUUUGCAAAUUACUGAGCUUAUUACUCUCUUCUCUUCUAAAGUAAAACUUCAUGAGCGUGAUUUAUUUUUUCCCAUGCCCCUACUUUUCUUUACUUGUUAUAAACUUCCUUGGAUUAUGAAGUGGUCUUACAAUAUUAAUUGGGAAACUCGUAUUUUUUCUCGUCAAUUUUCUGUUAAAUGGUGGGAUCGCUUUGAGGUCCACCGUAUUGCUGAAUAUUUUUACAGAGAUUUUCCUAAGCCUAUUUACCCGAAGCAUGAACCUGAGCCUACUUCACCUCACUCCUCUCAAACGAGCCUUUCGGUAGAAGGCAAAUCUAAGACUGAGCUACAAGAUAUGGCUAAACAAUUACUUCUACAAGCCUCGCAGAUGCAAGAUGAUGAUGAAGACAAUGAGUCUCAAUCCUCUUCCAACUGUCAACCUCGCCAGCAAAGCCCUAGCCCAAGCCCUGAUAGACCCAUGAGAUGGUCUGACUAUCCUCAUGGUCAAGACCCUAAUGAAGCCUACACCUCUUAUGAUUUGAAUUCAGACUAA